CACAUGACAUUGUCACAGUGUGGCUGCUUAUGACGGACACACAUCGCAGGUUGAGAGGGUUCCACGAGGAAUUGAUUCAGGGCUUGAGAAGUUCUGGGGGUAAGAAAGGUUGGGAUCAAGUUCUAAGCGUGUUUUCAGGAUGUCCAAGCAGCUGGGACGGAUGCGGUAGACACCUAUCGUAAGACGAGGGAGUCGAGUGGAGUCCUCUGCAGUCCAACUGGAGAAACUGCACCAGCAAUCCCACAGCCCUCCCCGCCGUUUACAUGCAGAGUCUUCUUCCAGGAGAUCCGGAAGCCCUCAGGACUCUGCGCCUCUGACAGCAGUGCCUUGAACCCAUCCAUGGCUUUGAGCAAAUGGAAAGGUUACCGGCAGCAGCUGGACGGGAAUCUGGACACGGCAGAGGGUCUCUGGGGCCACCCCGAAGCCGCCAGUCAGGGUUGGAGGGGGCAGCGAUGUGUUACCCAUUUGUAGGAGCCUCUGUGGUCCUGGUCUGACUCUCUCGCUCCUGAUCACAGCAGGCAGGUGUCUGGUCUGAGCUAAAACAAACUACCAACAUGUGGCGAGAGUAGAGAAAAGAGGCUCUGCGUGGACCCUCCUUCAUGCCUCCCGGUGUGUCGGUGAAAAUGCUGGCACAUUCCUUCCUGCAGGAGGCUAGCAGGUGUGUGAGGGUCGCUCAUCACAGCCACCGGGUCUCCUGGGCAGGAUUCCCGAGGCGAAUGAUCGGUACUUUCCACGGAACCCGCGCUUUGCAUUUCAAGUCCUGUUUUGCCUGGAGGAAAUGGGCGUGGGGACGUGGAAAUGUGGCCACAACAGAGCCGCCACUCGGGCUACAAUAUACUUAGUGAAACAAGAAGUCCAUUGGGGGGGGCCUCUGCGGGCUCCGUCAGCUGAGUGUCCGGUUAGGUCACCAGCUCAUACUGUCUCCCUCUCUCUCUGCCUCUCCUCCUGCUCAUUCUGUGUCUCUCUCUCUCUUUCAAAAAUAAAUAUUUAAAAAAAGUGCAUGGAAAGAAGGCGGCUCUGAUACCCUAGCAGCGUUCGGAAGAAACUGUGACUUGUAAAUGCAUCUGUACCGGAAGAAAUGCAAUUUGGGAGGAAACCACAGUCAACAGCCAGCCAACGCUGGUUUCCCAAACGCUGUGGAAUGGGGGCUCAAGGGAGCCAAGGCAUGAAAUAGGACCUGGAUGUAUGGUUCCGUCUUGAAGUGACGAGCUGGGAACCUGGGCGUCCCAAGAAACCUGGACACCGUCCACGGCUGUACCUGUGAGCGUCCAAACAUCCCCGUCUACUCCUCCCAAGUAAGGACAGAGCCGGUGUCCGUGAUCUUUUCUUCAUGGGCAGGAUGACGAGGUCUUGGUUCCUAUACGCCCAGAUCUGUCCGUCACAUGGAACCCUGCUUCUUUCCCUGCGUUUCACUUGAUGCAUAAUGGCGAUGCUGACACAUAGUGUGUCCACAAGCCCCCAAGUUACUCCCGACGGUUCAUCUUGCCAAGAGGAAUUCAGAAAUCAUCCCGGGGGUCGGGGAGACACUGUAUUUUCUCUCCGUUAGUCGGAUUCACAGACGGCCCCCAGGCCAUGCCGGAGUUCCCAAAGUCAUCAGAAGCCAAAGGGCAGGAUGAAACUAUGAUUCUUCCGUAGGAGGGCUGGCAUUUUUCACCUCGAUGAGUCAUUCUGGUGGAAGUCACAGACAACAUCCAGCUACUGCAAGGAAGGUGGCAGGUAUUUUGCUGACUAUACUUCCCCCCGUCCCUGGACUUGUAUCAGGACAUGCAAAUAAGGGAGGCAAAUCAGGUCGCCUCAUUUCUGUCUCACGAAUCUGAAGCAUCUUGACGGGCAGAGCGUGGGCCAGCCUCCCUAUGACAGAGACAGGUAGCCCGAGGAGGCUGCCACUCAGCUCAUGAGUCCAGGUGGCUGCUGAGUGGAUGCAAGACGUCCUCCAAACCACCUUCUCGUCUCGUCCGGGACCACACCGUGUAGCCGUGACUCAAGGAAGCACAUUUUUCCUCUGGCCAAAGAAAAUACGAAGCCAGUCGCCGCUGUAUAUCAUGAAGUUCAGGAGCCUCCUUAUCGCUUUGUCUUGGACGUGUUUACUCCUCAGCCCAUGUGGGGCCCGGGAUGUGCGUGAAGACAAGCCUAAUAUUGUCGUGAUUAUAGUGGAUGAUCUUGGAAUCGGUGACUUGGGCUGCUUUGGCAACGACACAAUGAGGACGCCCAACAUUGACCGCUUAGCCAGGGAAGGCGUGCAGCUGAAUCACCACAUCUCCGCAGCGGCCAUGUGCACCCCCAGCCGAGCUGCCCUCCUCACGGGAAGAUACCCCAUCCGAUCAGGGAUGGUUUCUGAUGGAGGGAGCCGUGUGGUCGCCACGCUUGGAUCCCCUGCUGGACUCCCUCUCAAUGAGACAACAUUUGCGGCCUUACUGAAGGGGCAAGGGUACAGCACGGCACUGAUAGGCAAAUGGCAUCAAGGCUUAAACUGUGAUUCCCGACAAGACCACUGCCAUCACCCAUAUAAUUAUGGGUUCGAUUACUUCUAUGGCAUGCCGUUCACUCUGUUUGAACCUUGCUGGCCGGAUCCCUCACGUGACACAGAAUUGGCCAUCGCGAGUAAAGUCUGGCUCUGUGUCCAGCUGGUCGCCAUCGCUGUGCUCACAGCUAUCCUGGGGAAACUGAGUCGCAUGAUACGUCUCCCCUGGUCCUUCAUCUUCUUCAUGGUUCUUCUUAUUUUUCUGCUGGGCUACUUUUGGUUCUCAAGCUACCAAUCCCGUCUGUAUUGGGAUUGCCUCCUCAUGCGUGAGCACGAGAUCACGGAGCAGCCAAUGAACGGUGAGCGAGCUGGUUCCAUCAUGCUGAAGGAGGCGAUAUCGUUUAUGGAAAGGUGCCGCGAGGGACCUUUCCUGCUCCUGUUCUCCUUUCUGCACGUGCACAUGCCGCUCCCCACCACCACCGACUUCAUUGGCACCAGCCGGCACGGCUUAUACGGGGACAACGUCGAGGAGAUGGACUCCAUGGUGGGCAAGCUUCUCGAUGCCAUCGAUAGUUUUGGCGUGAGGAACCACACGCUUGUUUACUUUACAUCAGAUCACGGCGGGCAUUUGGAGGCACGGGUGGGCCACGCCCAGCUCGGGGGAUGGAACGGAAUAUUCAAAGGUGGCAAAGGCAUGGGCGGCUGGGAAGGUGGAAUUCGCGUCCCAGGACUGGUCCGCUGGCCAGGGAGGCUCCCAGCCGGGAAAGUGGUCGACGAACCGACGAGUCUGAUGGACGUGUUCCCCACGCUGGCGGCUGUCUCAGGAAGCCGCGUCCCGCAGGACAGGGUGAUCGAUGGCCAGGACCUCAUGCCCUUGCUCCAGGGAGACGUUGAGCGCUCGGAGCACGAGUUCUUGUUCCACUACUGUGGUGCGUUUCUGCACGCUGCGCGCUGGCACCCAAAGGACAGCGAGGCCGUGUGGAAGGUGCAUUACGUCACACCCGUGUUCCAGCCACCUGGAGCUCAAGCCUGCUACGAGACCAAGUAUUGCCAGUGUUCCGGAAAGCUGGUCACCUACCACGACCCUCCUCUGCUCUUCGACCUCACCAGGGACCCCUCCGAGUCCACACCUCUGACGCCGGACGCGGAGCCCUGGUACAAUGCGGUGAUCCAGACGGUGGCCAGCGCCGUGAAGGAACACGAGAGGAGCAUCGUUCCCGUCCAGCACCAGCUCUCCGCACUGAAUCGGGACAACACGUGGCUGAAGCCGUGCUGUGGGCUGUUCCCGUUUUGUGUGUGCGACAAGGAAGGGAACACGUCUGCUCCGGGGGCGUGAGGACGAGCAGAGACAGAGGAGAUGCAGCCACGGUCAACGGAUGCUGGAAAUGGUCAGGGAGGGAACUGGAGAUUCCAUGCGAUUCUCUCCCAGUCCAGAUUACUAAAUGCCCAUCAGUGGUGACACUGUCUGUCAACUUCUUCUCCGUUCUUGGUGAUAAAAAUGUCUCGAGGUCCUGUGUGCACCUCACUCAUUGAUAGGGAAAAGGAAAACAAUCAGCCAUUAAAGAAUAAUAAUUGAAAUUA